UCUCUCCUCCCCUCUCUGGCUUUUGUGUCACUGUCUCUGAGCUGCUAGGAGGGUGCGCUGGAGGAAGGGGGCUGGGGUGAGAGGCACCCCCUUCACGCGCGCGCGCGCGCACACACGUUGCCGGCGCACGCACACACGCGCGGGUACACACUCACAGACACGUACGCACACACAUACACACGCACAAAGCUCGCUCGCCUCGAGCGCACUAACGUGGCCGUUUUCUUUGUGUGGAGCCCUCGAGGGGGGUUGGGGCCCCGGUCUGGUCCGGGGGAGAUGGCGCAGCCCAUCCUGGGCCAUGGGAACCUGCAGCCCGCCUCGGCCGCUGGCCUGGCCUCCCUGGAGCUGGACUCGUCGCUGGACCAGUACGUGCAGAUUCGCAUCUUCAAAAUCAUCGUGAUCGGGGACUCCAACGUGGGCAAGACCUGCCUGACCUUCCGCUUCUGCGGGGGUACCUUCCCGGACAAGACUGAAGCCACCAUCGGCGUUGACUUCAGGGAGAAGACGGUGGAAAUAGAGGGCGAGAAGAUCAAGGUACAGGUGUGGGACACAGCAGGUCAGGAACGCUUCCGCAAGAGCAUGGUGGAGCACUACUACCGCAACGUGCAUGCUGUGGUCUUUGUCUACGACGUCACGAAGAUGACCUCCUUCACCAACCUCAAAAUGUGGAUCCAAGAAUGCAAUGGGCAUGCUGUGCCCCCACUAGUCCCGAAAGUGCUUGUGGGCAACAAGUGUGACUUGAGGGAACAGAUCCAGGUACCCUCCAACUUAGCCCUGAAAUUUGCUGAUGCCCACAACAUGCUCUUAUUUGAGACGUCGGCCAAGGACCCCAAAGAGAGCCAGAAUGUGGAGUCAAUUUUCAUGUGCCUGGCUUGCCGAUUGAAGGCUCAGAAAUCUCUGCUCUAUCGUGAUGCUGAGAGGCAGCAGGGAAAGGUGCAAAAACUGGAGUUCCCACAGGAAGCUAACAGUAAAACUUCCUGUCCCUGUUGAAACCAAAUGGUAUAAAUACAAGAGCAAUUAUCACUGGAGGGUUUUUUCUUUCCCUUUUUUCCGUGCCUGCGUAACACUGACACCUGCUUGUUUCCAUACAAAUUGAUAUUAAAAUAAAAUUUGUAUAGAUUAUCA